AUGUUGUCCUUAAGAUGGCUGAACGCUGUCCUCCACGAAUACCAUAUCAUCGACCGCCCAGUCACAGUAUCUGAUACCUACCAGCACCGUGAACAAGAUCAGAGUGACACAGCAAGUCUCCCAGAGAAUCCUACUGCUACUGCUGCUGCUACUGCAACCACUGAAUAUGAACCUUCAAAAUCAGCCACGAUCAAGAGAAAAAUACCCCCAACAACCUCACAUCUAACGGCCACGCAGCAAAAGCGCCUGAAACUAGACCUCACAUUCGAAGACAGACGCCACAGAAUCACCAAGCACAAGGUCUAUCACCACGAGCUCGAGGUCGGCUUCUACGGAGAUCUUAUCUCGUUGCACUACGAGGAUGCAAUCGCAACCGCACAGUAUGCCCAUACCGUCCCCCUAACUGACGGCAAGUGCCAUUUCCACAACUUCUGGGUCGACGCAAGUGGGAGUCACGGCUCCGCUGGUGCGGCGAUUGCAUACAAGGACCCCUACUACAGCGGAGAGUGGAUGGAUCGGGGAUAUGCGAUCACAGACCUGAAGGAUAAGAAGCGGGUCGAUAUGUCGGAGUUGUUUGCGAUUGGGGCUGCAUUGAGGCUUGCGCUGAUACGGAUCGGGAAGAGGGUUGCUGUUGCGAAGGGGAUAGAGGAACAUGCCGUUACUGUGUUUUCGGAUUCGAUGCGUGCGUUGAGAAUGAUUCGGUGGUGGGCGAAUUGGUGGUCUGAGGGUGAGGUCGAUAGGUCGGCGUUUGGGGCGAUUGCGGGGGAUGUUUGUGGGCUUUCGAGGCAGCUGUUUGAGUUGGGGGUUAAGGUGAGGGUUUAUUGGGUGCCGGCGCAUGGUGAGGCUUGUAUUGUUGGGCAUAAGCGGGCUGAUGUGCUGUCGAGGGCGGCGGCGAGGCAUGUUAAGCUGCUUGAGCAGCGGGAUGCGAGGUAUAGUGCUGAUGGGGUUGUUCAGUUGGUUGAAUCGAGGUUCUUGAAGACUUCAUCUGCUUAUGAGUGCGAUUCGUUGUGA